AUGGCUACCAAACCCGAAGAACCAAAAUCCAACCCUCGCGGAAUCCCAACAUUCCCCUUCCUACCAAACGUCACAGACUACGUCAAAUCACAACAAGAAGUCGAAGGCACACUCCAGCGCUUCCAAGAAAUGAUCUCGAAAUACCAGUUCAUGAGUCAGAAUGUCGAGAGAAGGGCAGCGGGGCUAAGGGAGAAACUGCCUGAGAUGCGGAAGAGUUUGGAGACGGUCAAGUUUCUAAGGAUGCAGAAGGGGAUGAGUGCGAAUGACACAGAUGGAGACGAGUUGGAAGACGACCUAGAUGACAAAAGCGGUAUAAUAGAAACGACAUUCCCGCUACAAGAUACGCUCUACGCACACGCGACAGUUGACACGAAGAACUUGGAGGAAGUAUAUCUUUGGCUAGGCGCGAAUGUCAUGGUUGCGUAUCCUCUGGACGAAGCGGAAAAACUGUUACAGGAAAAGCUGGAUAAGGCGAAAGAGUCGCUAAAGGCGGCUGAGGAGGACUUGGAGUUUGUCAGGGUGCAGACUACGACGCUUGAGGUCGCGACUGCGAGAGUGCAUAAUUGGGAUGUGGGGGAGAAGAGGAAGUUGAGGGAGCAGGGGAAGCUGGAGGAUAAGGAGAAUGAUUGA